AUGCCGAUGACUAUCGCAAGAGGAAGUGAAGAUGCAGUCCAGAAAGCUGAAGGAAUGGAUGUGCAAGGAAUCUUGGAACGAGAGUUUAAGAGCGUGUGGGAUUUGGGAAAGAUCCCGGGGCUCAAAAAGGCCUUCAGCAACAACGCCCAACAAGUGAAGAGAGCUCCUAACAUGGUGCGGGAUUUCUACAGCCAAGCCAAGAAGAUCAUCCUUGAAAUUUAUCAUGCUUUUUCCGAUGAAGAGGAACAGAAAAAAAUUGAAGGGGAGCUGAACGAGGGCGACAACACUUCAAAAGAAAAAGAUAAAAAAAGAAGGCAAUGA